UGCCAGGCAUGUAUCAUAUGUAAUACAAACCGUACUCUCCUCUUUAUCUCCACUAUGAAAGGGAGUUUUACAGUUAGAUAAAAAAAACAAAUAUGAUAGAAGAAUGCUGCAUUUUUGUUAGAUUCACUCACCUGCUACUGCUUUGCCCAUUGGAUGAGUAUGUACGUUGGAGACAUAGCGCCCUCUUCCUGACUUCCUCUUUAUAUACACAUACACACACACACACCUAUUUACUGCAAUGAAUGCCUUCCGAUCUUCAUACCAAAUGUCAUAUAAAACAACUUUGGCAUUAACAGGCCAAACACUGGCUUAAGGUUUGACCAGUGAAUGAUCUGAAAUUGCACUUUAUCAGUAACAUGUAGUUUGAUUCAUACCUGAACCCCCUCCUUGCACAAUCAAAGAAGGUUACAGUUGUUUUCAUGCUUCUGAUGGGAGACACUUCAGUCACCAAUAAAUCCUCUUUUGUGCCUUCAAUAACUAGUCCUACGUAAGCACCUGAUAUUCUUUCAAACUGAUGGAUAUUUUGUUUCUUAGGUUUUUUUGCUGACAUUUCCGUUUGGAAUGGUCUUAGUUUGUAUCGCUUCCCUUCACUAUUUAUAAUGUAUUUACAAUGUUUUAUACUGUAUUUAUCAUGUAUUUCCUUUCACUGGUACCCUAGUUAUACAUUUUAACUCUUAGUUGUAGGAUAAUGUCAGUAAGGGUGGUAGAUUAAGUGUCUAAUUUUUUUUUUUAUCUAGUGGAUAACGAAUUUCCCAACUGUUCAGCUUUAGUGUUGUGUUGCCGUUGUGAACAUUAAUAAAUAACUUUGUAAUAUAAAGUAGUUGCUUUAUUUAAUUUAAAUUUGUUUUAUCAUUUGGAUCCACAGUGGUAACUGCCGCACAAGCUAAGAAUCUGAUAGAUGCAGGAGUGGAUGCAUUGCGUGUAGGGAUGGGAUGUGGCUCCAUCUGUAUAACACAAGAAGUAAUGGCCUGUGGCCGGCCUCAAGGAACAGCAGUGUACAAAGUGGCAGAAUAUGCACGCAGGUUUGGUGUCCCUGUCAUUGCUGAUGGAGGGAUUCAGACUGUAGGGCAUGUGGUGAAAGCUUUGGCCCUUGGAGCUUCAACAGUAAUGAUGGGCUCCUUGCUAGCCGCUACUACAGAGGCACCUGGUGAAUACUUCUUUUCGGAUGGUGUACGGCUUAAGAAGUACCGAGGGAUGGGCUCACUUGAUGCUAUGGAGAAGAACACCAGCAGCCAGAAACGAUACUUCAGUGAAGGAGAUAAAGUAAAAGUGGCUCAGGGAGUAUCUGGUUCCAUUCAGGACAAGGGAUCUAUCCAUAAGUUUGUACCGUACCUUAUUGCUGGAAUUCAGCAUGGAUGCCAAGACAUUGGAGCCAAGAGUCUGUCCAUAUUGAGGUCCAUGAUGUAUUCAGGAGAACUAAAACUAGAGAAGAGGACCAUGUCUGCGCAAGUAGAAGGUGGUGUUCACGGCCUCCAUUCUUAUGAGAAGCGGUUGUACUGAGACCAGCAGGCGCAGCCAACGUCAGUCAACACCAAACAUUCCCACUCUGGUCCCAAGUAAACAAGUGAUGCGCUGAGACACGUCCUUCCAAGCUGUCUGUGCUUCUCCCUCUCUACCAAUGCAGGAAAUCCCAUAGAGCAAUAUUUGCUGCCUCUGCGCGUGGCGUUUGCACAAAGACUUUUGUGGGGUGUGUGAGAGACUAAAGAAAUGACCCCAAUUACUGCCAUGUUAAUGGUCCUUAUGAUGAACUCGCUCAAACCACAAUUAUAAUCUGGUGAAACUAUUGCUGUCCGUACAGCUCUAUCCCUCUGUAUAGUCGGCAACUGCUUCUAAUGUGUUUCACGCAGCGUUUAACCAAAGGGUUGGAAAUGAAUUUGUUAUUCACACUCCGCAACAUGUACGUUAUUUAAAGAGCCCUUUUGUGUAACUUGGCAAAAUUAAUUUGUUAAUGGAUGUGUUUACCUUUUGUCAUUUAUAGAAAGUUAUUCUGCCCCAACGUCUGAUUUAUUUUUGUUUCUCUUAAAUCCUUGACACGAUCUGUGUAAUGUAUGACUUAUGGGAAAAAGUAUAAAAUAACUAAACACUUUGCACCCUAUUCAGUAUAUGACACUUCCCCUAAUGCAAGGAACAAUACUGGUUUUGUGCUGUACCUAUCUCUGGAAGUCAAUGGGUUAAAGACAUAUUGGUUACACUAAACGCUGUUGUUUUGUAUAAUGAACGUUUAAUAAGUGUCUACCCGUUACCUGCUGCGUUAUGAGGCUAGUGCACUAAUGAGGAUAUUAGAAACUACAUGUAGUAAUUCAUCUGCAGACUAAGGUCAUUACUGCUUAUUGCAUGUAAAGAGCUUCUGUGUCACUGUCCUUAUACACUGGGUCCUGGGAUGUGUGAUUUGUAUACAUUUCAGUGUAGAAGCUAAAAACGAUUGUACUUUAUAGCUACGUAACCUGCCGUGCGCAAACCUUUACCUGUGAGUUGUAUCUAGUUGAGGCUGUACAUAAGUCACCGAAAUUGUUUUCUGGAAAUGCAGUUAGGGUAGCUGUGCUGGUCUUGUUUAUUGUGUUGUCUCCUUAUUUUACUAGAACCUUAGGCCACAGCUAAAGGACCACUUUAUAUCUGGUCUUAUUAUCCAUAUUAAACACACAGCUGCAUAUGGCAUUAACCAGCUACGAAUGCCUCUGUAAUGUUACAAUAUUUUCAUGCAUUUCCAUUGUGUGUUAUGGACUUUUUCAUUUACAUUUUUGUUACCUUUUUUUUAUUAUUAUUAUUCUUCGAAAAUGGUGUUGUUGUUUUUUUUUGUUUUUUUUUUAACUAAUUGUUAUGGGAAGCUGUUUAAGUACAACAAUAUAAGGUGUAAAUGCUGGUGGUUUGGUGCUUUGUGUUCAUGAAUGGAUAAAGAGUCUGUGUAACAACUUCUCAUCACUGUAUAACGCACACAAUGGCAGCUGAAGUGGAUCAGUUACAUAAUAUGGUGUCUGUCCUCUAAGGUUACAACAGACCAGGGUUUAGAUCUCUGCUUAGCCUCUCUGGUUUUCACCUGGGCCUCAGACAGACAUGGUUAUCUCUAGGUCCUGAUCAGUCUGUGAGUCUUGUUGCACACGCUGGGCCUCAGACAGACAUGGUUAUCUCUAGGUCCUGAUCAGUCUGUGAGUCUUGUUGCACACGCUGGGCCUCAGACAGACAUGGUUAUCUCUAGGUCCUGAUCAGUCUGUGAGUCUUGUUGCACACGCUGGGCCUCAGACAGACAUGGUUAUCUCUAGGUCCUGAUCAGUCUGUGAGUCUUGUUGCACACGCUGGGCCUCAGACAGACAUGGUUAUCUCUAGGUCCUGAUCAGUCUGUGAGUCUUGUUGCACACGCUGGGCCUCAGACAGACAUGGUUAUCUCUAGGUCCUGAUCAGUCUGUUAGUCUUGUUGCACACGCUGGGCCUCAGACAGACAUGGUUAUCUCUAGGUCCUGAUCAGUCUGUUAGUCUUGUUGCACACGCUGGGCCUCAGACAGACAUGGUUAUCUCUAGGUCCUGAUCAGUCUGUGAGUCUUGUUGCACACGCUGGACCUCAGACAGACAUGGUUAUCUCUAGGUCCUGAUCAGUCUGUGAGUCUUGUUGCACACGCUGGACCUCAGACAGACAUGGUUAUCUCUAGGUCCUGAUCAGUCUGUGAGUCUUGUUGCACACGCUGGGCCUCAGACAGACAUGGUUAUCUCUAGGUCCUGAUCAGUCUGUGAGUCUUGUUGCACACGCUGGGCCUCAGACAGACAUGGUUAUCUCUAGGUCCUGAUCAGUCUGUUAGUCUUGUUGCACACGCUGGGCCUCAGACAGACAUGGUUAUCUCUAGGUCCUGAUCAGUCUGUGAGUCUUGUUGCACACGCUGGGCCUCAGACAGACAUGGUUAUCUCUAGGUCCUGAUCAGUCUGUGAGUCUUGUUGCACACGCUGGGCCUCAGACAGACAUGGUUAUCUCUAGGUCCUGAUCAGUCUGUGAGUCUUGUUGCACACGCUGGGCCUCAGACAGACAUGGUUAUCUCUAGGUCCUGAUCAGUCUGUGAGUCUUGUUGCACACGCUGGGCCUCAGACAGACAUGGUUAUCUCUAGGUCCUGAUCAGUCUGUGAGUCUUGUUGCACACGCUGGGCCUCAGACAGACAUGGUUAUCUCUAGGUCCUGAUCAGUCUGUGAGUCUUGUUGCACACGCUGGGCCUAGAACACUCGUGUUAUACAUAUUGUGUAUUUAUAGAUGUAUAUUUAGCCUUUGUUGUGUCCUCUUGCACAAAAAACUGACAGGCAAAAGCAGUGUUACUAUUCAUCCUGUGACUGCUGCCAUCCUAGCUUAGUGUGCUGGUGGUGGAAGCUCUGCGUCUACAUAUGGGGGGGCCCUAUCUUACACCAUCAGACAGAAGCGAUGCACAUUCACAGAUAAAUGAUACCGGCAGCUUGUUGUCCGAGCAACAUGAACAUACACAAACCGUUACAUAUAAAAUAUAUAUCUAUUGUCUCUCCAAUACAGCACAACAAUCUUUGUCUCUGUAUCUUGCAUGUGAACCUGAAGCAAUCAUCCCUGAUCUGUAAUUGUAUAUUGCCUCUGUCACAAAAUCCAACACUUCUCCCACUGACACAUGCAAAGGGUUAACAUAGAAGUACAGCUCUGAAGAGCUCAGCAGGAACAGUAGUAAAAUGUAAAUUAUUAACCCCGGCUGUUAGCAGCUGAAGGUCCCUUUAAGAUAACAGGAUCUAUGCACUUUGUAUCUAUCCCACCAGGCAGAGCGAAACUCAGGCUAUAUAAGUAGAGUGUUUUCUUUAUUUCACAACUGUGACCUGUUUAGCCAAUUCCUUUAUAUUGUGUACUAUAGACAAUUUUUAUAUCCUUGUUAUCUAAUGCAGCGUCUUGUGCUUAGAUCACAGAUAGAUGUGUAACAUACGUGUCGUUAAAUAGGUUACCGGGGUCAGACGGAACGUUUGUUUAUUUAUACCUUUCUGUGCAGCUAAAAAUAUGAGAUCUCUCCUAUUGAUUGUAGGAAAUGGACAAACAGUGCUUUAUUUCUUCUUUCUACCUUAAAACAUCCCUUGUACCAAACAUUGUUUCUUUCAGACUGUUGCUUAUUGUUAAUAUGUAACUGAGGGGUUGUAUAGCAGUCAGCAAUAUAUUCUCAGGUCGCUGCCAUUAUCACUGCAGCUUUAGAAGUGGCCAAUUGUGCAGCUACAAAAUACAGGGAAAUGUAGAACAUAAGCCAUUCGCAAGCAGCAAUAAUACGGCCUCCUGUAGACAUGCGGAUCCUGCAGUAGCGCCUCUACAGGAAACCCCGCUAAUAGCUUCUCGUGUGCUUCUGACAUUAGAUUUGUAGAUCUUGUAGCAUCUUGGUUAAGCAUAUAAUGAGGCCAGAAAUGUGUGUCCUGCAUGUAGAGAAAUCAACAUCAUGGGGAAAUCUGCAAUAGUUUUAAUGUUGAUCAGUUUUAUUUCAGCUUUGUCCUUUAAAGGUAUAUGAAACCUUAUUUCUUUUCCCUCACGAUUCAGAUAGAGCAUUCAAUUCUAAACACCUUUCCAAUUUUCUUCUCUUUUCUAAUUUGAUUAGUUUUCUUGCUAUCCUUUGUUGAAAACCAUGCCUAGGUAGGCCCAGGAGCUAAGCUGCUGAUUGGUGGCUGCACAUUUAAGCCUCUUGUCAUUGGUUUACUAACUGCUGCUCCUUAAACAAACAAUACUAUGAGAAUAAAGCAAGUUUAAUUGAAGUAAAUUGGAUAGUUGUUUCAUAAUGUAUGUUGUGUCUCAAUCGUGAAAUAAAAAUGGUGUUAUGUCCCUUUAACAAUUAUGGGCUUCAGCAAUUAUUUAAUUAAUCAGAUCUAGACCUGUAUCUACUCAUGGGCUUCAGCGAGUAUAUAAUUCAUCAGAUCUAGACCUGUAUCUACUCAUGGGCUUCAGCGAGUAUUUAAUUCAUCAGAUCUAGACCUGUAUCUACUCAUGGGCUUCAGCGAGUAUAUAAUUCAUCAGAUCUAGACCUGUAUCUACUCAUGGGCUUCAGCGAGUAUUUAAUUCAUCAGAUCUAGACCUGUAUCUACUCAUGGGCUUCAGCGAGUAUAUAAUUCAUCAGAUCUAGACCUGUAUCUACUCAUGGGCUUCAGCGAGUAUAUAAUUCAUCAGAUCUAGACCUGUAUCUACUCAUGGGCUUCAGUGAGUAUUUAAUUCAUCAGAUCUAGACCUGUAUCUACUCAUGGGCUUCAGCGAGUAUAUAAUUCAUCAGAUCUAGACCUGUAUCUACUCAUGGGCUUCAGCGAGUAUAUAAUUCAUCAGAUCUAGACCUGUAUCUACUCAUGGGCUUCAGCGAGUAUAUAAUUCAUCAGAUCUAGACCUGUAUCUACUCAUGGGCUUCAGCGAGUAUUUAGUUCAUCAGAUCUAGACCUGUAUCUACUCAUGGGCUUCAGCGAGUAUAUAAUUCAUCAGAUCUAGACCUGUAUCUACUCAUGGGCUUCAGCGAGUAUAUAAUUCAUCAGAUCUAGACCUGUAUCUACUCAUGAGCUUCAGCGAGUAUAUAAUUCAUCAGAUCUAGACCUGUAUCUACUCAUGGGCUUCAGCGAGUAUAUAAUUCAUCAGAUCUAGACCUGUAUCUACUCAUGGGCUUCAGCGAGUAUAUAAUUCAUCAGAUCUAGACCUGUAUCUACUCAUGGGCUUCAGCGAGUAUAUAAUUCAUCAGAUCUAGACCUGUAUCUACUCAUGGGCUUCAGCGAGUAUAUAAUUCAUCAGAUCUAGACCUGUAUCUACUCAUGAGCUUCAGCGAGUAUAUAAUUCAUCAGAUCUAGACCUGUAUCUACUCAUGGGCUUCAGCGAGUAUUUAAUUCAUCAGAUCUAGACCUGUAUCUACUCAUGGGCUUCAGCGAGUAUUUAAUUCAUCAGAUCUAGUCCUGUAUCUACUCAUGGGCUUCAGCGAGUAUAUAAUUCAUCAGAUCUAGACCUGUAUCUACUCAUGGGCUUCAGCGAGUAUUUAAUUCAUCAGAUCUAGACCUGUAUCUACUCAUGGGCUUCAGCGAGUAUUUAAUUAAUCAGAUCUAGACCUGUAUCUACUCAUGGGCUUCAGCGAGUAUUUAAUUAAUCAGAUCUAGACCUGUAUCUACUCAUGGGCUUCAGCGAGUAUAUAAUUCAUCAGAUCUAGACCUGUAUCUACUCAUGGGCUUCAGCGAGUAUAUAAUUCAUCAGAUCUAGACCUGUAUCUACUCAUGGGCUUCAGCGAGUAUUUAUUUCGUCAGAUCUAGACCUGUAUCUACUCAUGGGCUUCAGCGAGUAUUUAAUUCAUCAGAUCUAGACCUGUAUCUACUCAUGGGCUUCAGCUAGUAUUUAAUUCAUCAGAUCUAGACCUGUAUCUACUCAUGGGCUUCAGCGAGUAUAUAAUUCAUCAGAUCUAGACCUAUAUCUAAUCAUGUCAAAAACCUAACCCCACAUUCAGCUGUAAAAACCUUUUAUCAUAAACUAUUUAGAAGUAAUAUUGUUUAAAACGGGUGCAGUAUGUCACAAAAGGAGCCGAUGUUGUUCAGGUUCUAGAAUGUUGCUUUACAGAUUAAUGUCUUCACUGCUCAGUGCAGCUGCCGUAUAUAUUAUUUAUAGAGCUAAUGUUUACAGCUUUACCUCUCACACAGCAUAAAAAGUGUUUUAUAAACUAAAUUGUUAAUGUCCUUUACUGCACCAAUCUUGUCUUUAAGCUUUAACUACACACAACUGGGUCCAAUUCUUUUUCUGCAGAUAUGUAUGAAAUAAAGAUAAUUACACAA